CAAAAGGGGGGGAAAGACAGCAGAAGUCUCGCGAGUAAUUUCCAUCAGGUUCCCAAAGCACAGCAGCAGCAGCAGCAGCAGCAGCAGCACUAGUUUCGGCCGUUACUUCAUUCCCGCAAAGAUGACCGGCUCCGUCAAUGGCACCUCCGUUCCGACGGAGACGUCGCCGCUACUACGCAGCUCCGACUCGGAGGCGGCCAAUGGCAACGGCAACGGCACCGUCGACACCGGCGUUCAGCAGAACGGCGCCACUGCCGCCACCGAGGCCGAUGAAAAUCGGGACGGCAACCCGGAGAUGGCCAAGAAGAUGCACUUUCUUCUUCCGGCCGUCGGCAUCGGCAUCUAUCUCUGCGCUGUCGACCAGCUGCUCACCGUGGCGACGUACGCCAAGAUCGGGAGCGAGCUUCAUGCGCUAAAUUAUACGAGCUGGCUUGCAACAUCCUACUACAUCACCUUAACCAGCUUCCAACCCCUCUAUGGCAAACUCAGCGACAUUUUCGGCCGCAAGGAAUGCCUCCUCUUUGCCUACACAAUCUUCGCCCUCGGCUCCCUGGGCUGCGGCCUGGCCCAGUCCUUCACACAGCUCUGCGUCGCCCGCGCCGUAGCCGGCAUCGGCGGCGGCGGCAUGAACAGCGUCGUCGCCAUCCUGCUCAGCGACAUCGUCCCGCUCCGCGACCGCGGCGUCUGGCAAGGGUACCUCAACAUCAUCUUCGCCGCCGGCACCUCCACCGGCGCGCCCCUCGGCGGCCUCCUCGCCGACUCGGUCGGCUGGCGCUGGUCUUUUACGGGACAGGUCCCGCUCUGCGUGCUCGCGUUUUUGGCGGUGUACUUUGUCCUCGACGUACCCAAGACGGACCACGCCCACUGGCGGGAGAAGGUGAAGCGCAUCGACUUCCUCGGCGCCGCCACGCUCGUCGCUGCCGUCGUCGCCCUGCUCGUAGGCCUGGAUUCGGGCUCCAACAACGGGUGGUCUAGCCGGCUUACCGUCGCCGCGCUCGCCGCCACGCCCGUGCUCUUCUCCGUCUUUGUAUACGUCGAGAUGCGCGUCGCAUCGCACCCCUUUGCGCCGGGCCACAUCAUCUUUGACCGCUCGCUGUUCGCGUGCUACCUCGCAAACUUCUUCGGCAUCGCGGGCCACAUCGCCUCCAUCUUCUUCAUCCCGCUGUUUUUCCAGGCCGUGCAGGGCGCCUCGGCCACCCUCGCGGGCGCGGCGCUCGUGCCGGCCAUGAUCACCUCCGUCACGGCGAGCGUCAGCUCAGGCUACUUUAUGAAGCGGAAGGGGCGGUAUUACACCCUCACGGUGCUGGCCUACGGCCUCAUGGUUGUCGCGGUAGCCCCCACGGUCGCGGCGCUGUACUUCCGCUCCUCGGCGGGCGUGGUAGGCGGCAUGGCGCUGCUCGCGCUCGGUGGCGGCGCGGGCAUCACGACGACGCUGGUGGCGCUCCUCGCCAACGCCGCGUCCCGGGACUCUGCGGUCGUGGUGGCGUGCUCGUAUCUGUUCCGGAGCCUGGGGUCGAGCAUCGGGAUUAGCGUGUGCUCGUCUGUGCUGCAGCAGGUGCUGCGGACGCAGCUGGCGGCGCGGCUGCGGGACGGGGACGAGGCGAGGCGGGUGGAGGAGCGGGUUCGGGAGAGUUUGGAUUAUAUACGGGAGCUGCCGCCUGCUGUCGCUGGGGAGGUGAGGGCGAGUUAUCAGGUUGCGACGUUGGGGGCCAUGGUGCCCAUGGCGGCGUUGCUUGUGCUUGCUUUUGUGAGCACGUUUUUUAUUAAGGAGAAAGCUUUGGGGAAGAAGUAGAGGGCGUGAGGGAGAGGGGCUGGUGGAGAGGUCUUUCCCCCUUGAGGUGGAAGCUUCGCGGCGAGGCGUAGAUCCGCGACCUGGUGUAGUAUAUGUACUCGUGAGGGUUGAGUUUGCUGUAGUAUAAACUGUAGGGAGUGGUACAGGUUUUACUAUAUCCGUACGGGCUGGACAUACCUCCUCUGUGCAAGGUAAUGAAUGGGUCGGCUUGUAAGCGCGUCCGUAUCCUGUAUAAAGAAUUUCAUGCAGAACCCUCGAACCCAAGGUCUGAUCAUUAUAACUAGCAAUCGGCCAUGUACUUCAGCGUGAAGAAUAGAUCUUAUAGGAAGACACCUGUGACUUGGGGCCGGGGCUGAGAAACAGUAGGAAGCGGUG